AUGCUUCACCAGGGUCUUCAACGCCGGUUCGCUGUGACGAUUAUCCACGAGGCGAGGGAAAGUGCCUCUCCACCGGUGGAAUUUGUUGACCUGCCGAAAGUGGUAGUUGGAAGGGCACGAGACACGCCGGAAUUCCACUUCACCGAUGCGCAUACACGAAUUUUUUCACUCUCUGUGUUUCCCACUCAUUAUCUACCGCCGGCAGGGGAUGACAGAACAUUCUACCGUUUUGAAGCGGCCUGGGAUAGCUCACUGCACGGCUGUGGCUUUCUCAAUCGAGUGACCCCAAAAGGUCAUACUGUCUACGUCACCAUGUCCUGUUACGUUCAACUGAGCUGUAGCCUUGAUCCCAUUUGUAUUACCAAGGAUUUUGCCAUGAUCAUAUUUCCACGCUCCUCUACCAUUACUGUACCCAGUUCUGUGGAAUUUCUCUCACAACGAGCCCAAUUCGCUUGUCAUCCGCAUAUGGUAGCAAAAUACACCAAAACCGAAGCUCGUCAUACACCAAGGCAUAUGCUAAAUUCCACCUAUGUACGUGGUGAGGAGAAUAUUCGAGGAUGGAGACCACGCAGUGAUUCUCUCAUAGUGGAGCAUCAAAUGAAAUUGGAAAGACUCGCAUUCAUUGAAUCGGUUGAAAAGACAAAGCAAUUUCUUGCUUUGCGUGAAGCAAUCAAAGCCAAGAAACGGGAUGACUUGUUGCAAAGGCUGGAUAAAAUGAUCAGACAACUGCAACGCAAUCGGUGGUACGAUCUUCUUUCACACUUCAAAAGGCCAACUUCUUCCAACCAAUCCUUACUCGAUGAAAAUCCGGACACCACAUCAUUGAAGGGAGUUGCGCGACCGAAUUCGCUUUCAACGAACAAGUCGACAUUCAUAAACUCUGACAAGAAAUCUCUCCUCCUCACUUGUGUCAAUAUCCUUGGAUUCAGUAAUCUUCAACCACGCAUCGUCCGCCAGUCUUGGGGGCUUCAUCUCAAACCUGUCUCGCCUCUUUCUCCUUUGCUAGAUGCCUACAUGCCAAAGGUGAAUGCCGAUUCGGUGUUUCUACAGUGCGGUGAACUUCAAAACGACAUGCUCUGCGCCCGAUGUGAUGAGGUACGCAUUAGUCCGGUGGUGAAUAGAAGAGGACUACUUCUAGUGGCAGAUGAAUCAAAUCCCAAUUGGGUGCCACGCUGGAUCAUGGUUCGACGACCCUUUCUCUACAUUUAUGAAAACGAGAAAGACACUCUAGAACGACGGAUUAUCAACCUUAAAGUAGCUCAUUUAGAGUACAGUGCGGAGGAGGGUGAAAUAUUCGGUCCAAAGAAAACGAGCCCCGAAAGGUCAAAGGUGGUGGAACCAACCAAACAUCCGAUGAUAUUUGCUCUCCAAUACGCCGAUCGAAAAAUUUUCAUGAAGACUGGGCCAAGCGCAAGUAGAAACGAGAUACACGAGUGGUUGUAUGCCAUAGACCCUCUGAUGGCUGGAGAGAUUAACCUUGUCCUCACCUCUCUCCUUGAUCAACCUCCUGAGUUGGCCACCACCUUGACGUCGGUGCCUUGA